AUGAGUUCGCCAAAUACAUGGAGCAUUGGAAGCACAGUCUACUCUCCUGAAUUUUCACAGAAAAUGACGCUGUGGAUUCUGCUCCUGCUAUCGCUCUACCCAGGCUUCACUAGCCAAAAGUCAGAUGAUGACUAUGAAGAUUAUGCUUCUAAUAAAACAUGGGUGUUAACUCCGAAAGUUCCCGAGGGUGAUGUCACUGUCAUCUUAAACAACCUGCUGGAAGGGUAUGACAACAAGCUUCGACCUGACAUAGGAGUGAAACCAACAUUAAUUCAUACAGAUAUGUAUGUGAACAGCAUUGGUCCAGUGAAUGCUAUUAAUAUGGAAUAUACAAUUGAUAUUUUUUUUGCCCAAACCUGGUAUGACAGACGUUUGAAAUUUAACAGUACCAUUAAAGUUCUCCGGUUGAAUAGCAAUAUGGUGGGGAAAAUCUGGAUUCCAGACACUUUCUUCAGGAACUCCAAAAAGGCUGAUGCUCACUGGAUCACCACUCCCAACAGGAUGCUGAGAAUUUGGAAUGAUGGUCGAGUUCUCUACACCUUAAGGCUAACAAUUGAUGCUGAGUGCCAGUUGCAAUUACACAACUUCCCAAUGGAUGAACACUCCUGCCCCUUGGAGUUCUCCAGUUAUGGUUAUCCUCGUGAAGAAAUUGUUUAUCAGUGGAAGCGCAGUUCUGUUGAAGUGGGUGAUACAAGAUCGUGGAGGCUCUAUCAGUUUUCCUUUGUUGGACUGAGGAAUACUACUGAAGUAGUGAAGACAACUUCUG